AUGGUGCUGCUGCUGGUCAUCCUCAUCCCGGUGCUGGUGAGCUCGGCGGGCACGUCGGCGCACUACGAGAUGCUGGGCACCUGCCGCAUGGUCUGCGACCCCUACGGCGGCACCAAGGUGCCCAGCACGGCGGCCACGCCCGACCGCGGCCUCAUGCAGUCCCUGCCCACCUUCAUCCAGGGCCCGAAGGGCGAGGCCGGCCGGCCUGGAAAGGCCGGGCCACGUGGGCCCCCGGGGGAGCCCGGCCCGCCGGGGCCCGUGGGCCCGCCGGGCGAGAAAGGUGAGCCAGGGCGCCAGGGACUGCCGGGCCCGCCUGGGGCGCCGGGCUUGAACGCGGCCGGGGCGAUCAGCGCCGCCACCUACAGCACCGUGCCCAAGAUCGCCUUCUACGCGGGCCUCAAGAGGCAGCACGAAGGCUACGAGGUGCUCAAGUUCGACGACGUGGUCACCAACCUGGGAAACCACUACGAUCCCACGACGGGCAAGUUCACCUGCUCGAUCCCCGGCAUCUACUUCUUCACCUACCACGUGCUCAUGCGCGGCGGCGACGGCACCAGCAUGUGGGCCGAUCUCUGCAAGAACAACCAGGUGCGAGCUAGUGCAAUAGCUCAGGAUGCAGAUCAAAACUACGAUUAUGCCAGUAACAGCGUCGUUUUACAUUUGGAGCCAGGAGAUGAAGUCUACAUAAAAUUAGAUGGAGGAAAAGCACAUGGAGGAAACAACAACAAAUACAGCACAUUUUCUGGAUUUAUAAUUUAUGCUGACUGAUAAUGAGUGAAACCCUAAAUCACAUUCUUCUAAGUGAUGGAUUCACAUGGGAAAAAAAUCAAUGAAUCAAAAAUCCCAGAGGAUACUGGCUGUGGGACACCUCAUUAAUGGGGAAAAUGCUACCUGACUCACAUCUGUACAACCCAGAGUGUUAAAAAAUAUAGGGCAAGUUAAACAGAUGUGUGAUCCACUAUCGCCAAAGCAAAAUACUCCUUGUUGUUAGUGUCCAUGUGAAUGAAGUCCUAUAUAGAUCACAACUUUUAUAUAGAGAGAAAAAUCUUAA